AUGGGUGUUAACGUUAGCAAGAUUUUCUCUCGUUUCUUUGGCAAGAAGGAUAUGAGAAUUUUGAUGGUUGGUCUCGAUGCCGCUGGUAAGACCACUAUCUUGUAUAAGCUCAAGUUGGGUGAAAUCGUCACUACCAUCCCAACCAUUGGUUUCAACGUUGAAACUGUCGAAUUCAAGAACAUCAACUUCACCGUAUGGGAUGUCGGAGGUCAAGAUAAGAUCAGACCACUCUGGAGACAUUACUUCCAAAACACCCAAGGUCUCAUUUUCGUCGUUGAUUCCAACGAUAGAGAAAGAAUUCAAGAGGCUUGCGAUGAACUCCAAAAGAUGCUCAAUGAAGAUGAACUCCGUGAUGCCGUUCUCCUUGUCUUCUGUAACAAACAAGAUCUUCCAAACGCCAUGAGUGUUGCUGAAGUCACUGACAAGCUCAACCUCCACUCUCUCCGUCAACGUAAAUGGUACAUUCAAUCAACUUGUGCCACUUCUGGUGAUGGUCUCUACGAAGGUCUCGACUGGUUGUCCAACACCCUCGUUAAUAAUCAUAUUUACAUAAUCAUAUCAGUUUGGUCAAUUACUUUUAUGAUACAACAAAUCAUGGACUUAUUAACAACUGAACACAGAGAAUUGUUUGAUCAGUCAGAGGACCCAGCAAUUGUUAAAGUUAGAAAUGGCAAUGCAACACUCUAUAAACAUCAUUUAGAAUCAUUGGGCAUACCAACCAAUCAAUAUUUCACCUCAAUUAAUUGUCUCAACCCUCAAGGAAAAUUAACAAGAGCUAUAUAUAGAAUGAGUGAGACACAAAGACUUCCACCCUCUUUCAAACUUUGUAUUAAUAAAGAUGUUGGAACCCCAAUAGAAGUAAAUGACCAACCCAUGUUAUAUCCCCAACCAAGGCACGGACAUUAUUGGAGAGUUCUCAGUCAAGAGAGAAAUGUACCAUUAGAGAACCUACUUGUAGAUAACGAUUGGGAAGACCAUGUAUCAAUAUCAAUUAACAAUGAUAAUGGAUGUCCAGUUGAAAUAUCCGAAAAUCAACUCAAUCUAGUCGUACCAUCAAUUAACAACCUCGAAUGUACCAGAGAUUUAGUUCAAGAUAUUUUGGUAUAUGGUAACUCUGAUCAUUAUAUCGAGAUCAUGGAGUAUGUAGAUGGUCUCAAAAAAAUCUCUAGGGACAAGUUCCAACUCACACUUCCCAUAUUGCAAGUGAUCAUUUCAGCAUACUCUGAAAGCGAAGAGUAUACAUAUCACAGUAUUAUUGCCAUCCUUAGAAUUUAA